ACCGUGCCGUUCCCGCCAAUUCUUGCGGUAACCCUGCCUGGACCUGGUUCCGCGCUCAUGGAGUCGUUUGACCCAGCCGAGCUGCCCGAGCUGCUUAAGCUUUAUUACCGGAGGCUGUUCCCCUACGCGCAGUAUUACCGCUGGCUCAACUAUGGCGGAGUGGUAAAGAAUUACUUCCAGCACCGUGAAUUUUCGUUCACUUUGAAAGAUGAUAUUUACAUUCGCUACCAGUCCUUCAACAACCAGAAUGACCUGGAAAAGGAGAUGCAGAAAAUGAACCCAUACAAGAUUGAUAUAGGCGCAGUGUAUACCCACAGACCCAGUCAACACAAUACCGUGAAGCUGGGCGCUUUCCAGGCUCAGGAGAAAGAGCUGGUGUUCGACAUUGACAUGACGGACUACGACGACGUGAGGAGAUGUUGUAGUUCUGCAGACAUUUGUUCCAAGUGCUGGACCCUCAUGACCAUGGCCAUACUCAUCAUCGACCGAGCGUUGAAGGAGGACUUUGGAUUUAAGCAUCGUCUCUGGGUGUAUUCUGGAAGGAGAGGUGUUCAUUGUUGGGUCUGCGAUGAAUCGGUUAGGAAGUUGUCCUCCACAGUGCGUUCUGGAAUAGUUGAGUAUUUGAGUCUUGUAAAGGGCGGUCAAGACGUUAAGAAGAAAGUUCACCUAAGUGAAAAAGUUCACCCUUUUGUCAGAAGAUCCAUAAACAUAAUUAAAAAAUACUUUGAAGAAUAUGCCUUGGUUGGUCAAGAUAUUCUUGAAAAUAAAGAAAGCUGGGAUAAGAUUUUAGCCCUUGUUCCUGAAGCAAUUCAUGCCGAUCUUCAACAAGGCUUCCAGAAGUGUCACAGCUCUCUUCAGCGUUGGGAGCACUUGAAGAAAACAAUAGCCAGACAUCAGAAUAACACCAAAAACGACAAAUGUGCACCCUGGCUGGAGUGGGAGAUUAUGCUGCAGUACUGUUUUCCACGGCUGGAUAUCAAUGUUAGCAAAGGAAUCAAUCAUUUACUGAAGAGCCCUUUCAGUGUGCAUCCUAAAACAGGUCGCAUUUCUGUACCCAUUAAUUUACAGAAAGUGGACCAGUUUGAUCCAUUUACUGUUCCAACUAUAAGCUCCAUCUGCCAUGAAUUAGAUGCCAUUUCCAACAAUGAAGAGGAAAAAGAGGAGAAUGAAGCUGAAUCUGAUAUCAAACGUAGAACCAGAGAUUAUAAGAAGACCAGUCUGGCACCUUAUGUCAAAGUUUUUGAACAGUUUCUUGAAAACCUCGAUAAAUCCCGAAAAGGAGAACUCCUCAAGAAGAGUGAUUUACAAAAAGAUUUCUGAAGACAGCGUGCCUCAAACCAGCGUGGAUAUCUUCUGUUUUCACCCAACAAUCAAGUACUUCAAGAGCCAUUUUAAUAAAUAUGGCAGAACUGUGUAGGCAUCUUCAUGCUCAAAGUAAAAUUUUCUUUUCUUGAGAAUUAAUUUAUGUUGAAAAGACAUCUUGAGACAACCAAAGGGGAGGGUUGAGCUUCCUGGAAGGAGCAAUUAAGGAAAGAAUAAGUGGAAUACAGACAACUUGUAAAUUUAAUAUUAUACAAAGGUCCUAAGACAUCAGAUAGAAAUGCUGAGUUCUGGGGCCAGUGCCGUGGCUCACUUGGUUGGUCAUCUGCCUGUGGCACCGGCAUCCCAUAUGGGUGCCGGGUUCUAGUCCCGGUUGCUCCUCUUCCAGUCCAGCUCUGCUGUGGCCCCGGAGGGCAGUGGAGGAUGGCCCAAGUGCUUGGGUCCCUGCGCCCGCAUGGGAGACCAGGAAGAAGCACCUGGUUCCUGGCUUCAGAUCGGCGCAGCACCGGCCAUAGAGGCCAUUUAGGGGGUGAACCAACGGAAGAAAGACCUUUCUCUCUGUCUCUCUCUCUCUCACUAUCUAUAUCUCUACCUAUCAAAUUAAAAAAAAAAAAAAGAAAGAAAGAAAAGAAAAAGAAAAAGAGCCCAGGCUCUAUUAAAAGAAAAAGAAAUGCUGAGUUCUACCAGCUGCCAUGUAUAGUAAGUGAGCAGUAAUAUGUCCAAGACUUUCAUCUCAGUUCACUGGAUACCAUCUCCAUAUUUCUGAGUCAAUGAGGGCUUUGUCCUUAAGUCUUAAGACAUUUAAGUUGGGGCCAGUGCUGUGGCAUAGCGGGUUAAGCCACCACCUUCAGUACCAGCAUCCCAUAUGAGUGCCGGUAUGAGUGCCGGUUCGAGUCCCGGCUGCUCCACUUCUGAUCCAGCUCUCUACUAUGGCCUGGGAAACAGUAGAAGACGGCCCAAGUCCUUGGGCCCCUGCACCCACGUGGGAUACCCAGAGGAAGUUCCUGGUUCCUGGCUUUGGAUCGGUGCAGCUCCAGUCAUUGCAGCCAUCUGGGGAGUGAACCAGUGGAUGGAAGACCUCUCUCUCUCUCUCUCUCUCUGCCUCUCCUUCUCUCUCUGUAACUCUUUCAAAUAAAUAAAUAAAUCUUUUAAAAAAAAAAAUGGUUAAGUUGAUUAAACCUGGAGUCUAUGUUCAGACACUUCCUAAUUCACCUACUGAUAUUUUCAUUGGUCAGGUGACAGCCUCUUUUUUUUUUAUUUUAUUUUAUUUUAUUUUAUUUAUUUGAAAGAGAGAGAGGUAGAGCCAGAGAGAGAGAGAGAGGUCAUCCAUCUGCUGGUUCACUCCCCAAAUAACUGCAAUGUCCAGAGCUGAGCUAAUCCGAAGCCAGGAGCCUCUUCUGGGUAUCCCACAUGGGUGCAGGGGCCCAAGCACUCAGGCAUCCUCUGCUGCACCACAGCACCAGCCCCCUGCCCAUCUUUUUAAAAUCACUUUAUGGGCUGGCACUGUGGCUCAGCCUGCAGUGCCAGCAUCCCAUAUGGGUGUUUGUUGAAGUCCCAGCUGUUCCACUUCUGAUCCAGCUCCCUGCUAAUGUGUCUGGGAAAGCAGCAGAGGAUGGCCCAAGUGUCCAUCCCUGCAACCCACAUGGGAGACCCAGGUGAAGCUCCUAGCUUCAGCCUACCCCAGUCCUGGGCAGCCAUUUGAGGAGUAAAUCAGCCUGUUAAACAAAUAAAUCUUUAAAUAAAUUAAGUAAAUAAAAUCACUUUAUACUGUGCAUCUAAACCUACCAAAAGUUCAACUUGAAAGAUAUGUUACUAGAUUAACAAUAUUAGGGCCUAUUAGGGUCGUUUUCACAACUACAGCAAUCAUAGCUCCUAACUUUCCAUCAGAGAACAAAGGGGUUACUAUAAAGAGCAGCUUAGAAAAAAUAACCCAACUUAUUUACAUAAAACCUGUUUUUCUCAGAACACUUGGACUUCUUACAUAUCUACAUAACUUGUUUCUUCCAUGUUUGAUUUUGUUUGAGGGAUUCUAAGUGUCAUGUUGCUCUCGCCUGGAUUUACAACAAGAUUAAACAAGACAGUCCUAGUGUACUUUCUAUCUUCUGAGAAGCAGGAGAGGCAAGCUGUCAGGUUGGUGCUGCCGUUUAAUGGAAAUUUUCCUUCAUGUUUCCUUUAACAUAUUUUUUUUCUUUCAUUUUAUAUAAAAUGGAUUAUAAUACAGUCAGCAUGAUAAAAUGCUUUGCAUUUCUUCAAACUUUUUUCCUAUUUUUUUAAAAAAAAACACUGGGACUAUUGACUGGCAUAGCUGGUAAAGCUGCCAUAUGGGCACCAGUUUGUCUCAGCUCCACUACUUCUGAUCCAGCUCUCUAAAGUGCCUUGGAAAAGCAGGCAAAGAUGGCCCAAGUACUUGACCACGUGCACUCAAAUGGGAAACCUGGAGGAAGCUUCUGACUCCUGGCUUUGGCCUGGCCCUGGCCAUUGCAGGCCAUUUGGGAAGUGAACAGAUGGAACAUGUCUCUCUCUCUCUCUCAUUCCCUGUCACUCCUCUCUCUGUAAGUCUAACUUUCAAAUAAAUCUUAAAAAAAGACUGAUGUGCAAAGCUCCUCAUUAGUUGAGCACAAGGGCCUGUGCUGUGACAGCGGAUAAAGCCACUGCCUGCAGUGGGUGCUGGUUCAAGCCCCGGUUGCCCAACUUCCAAUCCAGCUCUCUGGUAUGGCCUGAGAAAGCAGUAGAAGAUGGCCCAAAACGCUUGGGCCCCUGCACCCAUGUGGGAGACCCAGAGGAAGCUCCUGGCUCCUGGGUCAGAUCGGCACAGCUCCAGCCAUUGCAGCCAGUGCAGGGAAGUGAACCAUCGGAUGGAAGACUCCCUCUCUCUCUGCCUCUAUAAC